AUGUCUCUCAAUCCCCAACCCAAAAUCCGCUUCACCCCCAAGAUGCUCAACCAGAAAGCGAAGAAAGCCCAACCCACGCAAGAAAUGUUAGAUCUCGGCAUACAAAACUCUUCAGAUUCGGCCUUCUUCAACUUGCCAGGCGAUAUCCGCAAGCGCAUUUACGAAUUUGCGUUCACUACGGGUGAGGUUAUUCAACUCCUACCUCUUGAGGCGGAUCUCGAAGGGGCAGCCAUUACUGAAGCAGAGGUUGAUAAGACGAUGAAGAUGGAUAUCGAUAUUGAGGAUAUGAUGAUGGGUCUUGAAAUCAACGAUACGUCUCUAUCCGACGACACGAAGCCGCGAACGCGAAACCCCUUCGCCGCAAUCCUCGCAUCCCGACAAUUCUACUUGGAAACACAUCUUCUCCCUUUCUACCACAACACCAUCUACUGCUCCGAUAUGUGCUACCUCGCCACCAUCUUGCGUCGUCUUUCGUCUGCACAGACAUCGUCGAUCCGCGUACUGAAAAUUCAGUGGACGACCGCACAAUCAGCAGUGCAGGAGUACACGACUUCACCUUAUGAAUCCAGACCAGUUGAAACAGCACUGCAAAUGCUGGACAAAUUGGAGAAGGUGGUCGUGGAUUGGGCGGGGAAGAGGCGGAUCUUUCUUAAUAAAAAGAGGGUGGAGGAGGCGCUGAAUGCGUUGUGUAGGAGGAAGAUUGAUGUUUCGUUUGGAAGGGGCGGGGAAGAGUAUCAAGAGGUUGUGCAGCGUGUGGGAACGGUACAGCAGAGGAAACGAAUGGAGCGAGCGGAUACGGCGAUGGAGUGGUCGGCGCGCGCUUGGGAUGCAUGA